ACCGUCAUCACAGUCUGUCUGAUGGGUAGUUUGUAAAUAGAUUCCGCAACGCUCACUGUAGCGUUUCUCGCUCGUAAAAUCAUUUACCAAAAUCCAAUGUCCUCAGCGUGGAAGAAAUAUGUGCUCUGGUUUGCCCAGGAACACGUCGAUUUCCGGCAGGCAGAAAUCGCAUCGCUGCUUCGAUUAUGGAACCUCAAAAUGAACACGAGUCCCGAUCACAAACCGGAAAAUCCGUUUUGGAUAGUUGAGCUCAACGGCGAUGAAGCAGCCCGAAAGUUGGCGUCCCGUUCGAUGUCACUCCGGUGCAUUUUUGAGCUGUGGACUCAUUCCAAUCAGCUCAGUACCUUUCAUGAACAGCUUAAAGGCUACAUCCAAAGCAAUCGUACCGCGCUGAGUCCGCUGUUUAGUAAGGAUCGUAGUUUUAAGGUGACUGUUGAAACGUACAACAAGCAUUUCACGCAGCCGGAGAAGGUGGCCAAGAUUGAAACGCUCCAGUAUCUGCCCGUGGAAGGUCCGGUCAAUCUGAAGUCGCCUGAUGUGCAUUUCUGGUACAUCGAGUUCUGGGGCCUGGAUCCGAUGGAUAUACCGGAACAACCGUCGGACGUGCUGUUCGGCAAGUGGGUGGUGGAUGGACGGAGAGAAAUGAUAAACGAGAUCUCGCUGAAGAAGCGGAAGUUCAUAGGGAACACCUCGAUGGAUCCACAGUUGUCGCUGCUGAUGGCCAAUCAGGGAUUGGCCAAGAAAGGCGAUGUGGUGUACGAUCCGUUUGUGGGGUCCGGGUCGUUACUGGUGGCGGCGGCCAAGUUUGGUGCGUACGUUCUGGGGACGGACAUCGACUACAUGACGGUACACGGAAAAUCGAAGCCGACAAGGGUGAACCAAAAAGUGCGCGAUGCGGACGAAAGCAUCUAUGCCAAUUUGAAGCAGUACGGAUGCGAAGGUCAAUUUUUGGAUGUUCUGGUUUCGGAUUUCUCGCGGAGUAUUUGGAAGAGUGACUUCCUGUUCGAUAGCAUCAUCACGGAUCCGCCAUAUGGCAUCCGGGAGGCUACCGAACGGAUAGAAUUCAAAACUCAGAAGAGGUCGACUUGUUUGAAUGAGGGCAGCGUGCACUACCCCUCCACAUCGCCCUACCAGUUCGACCAGCUGUAUCGAGACUUGAUGAACUUCUCUGCGCGGUAUCUCAAGCUAAGAGGACGAUUGGUUUGCUGGUUUCCGAUUUUGAGGAAGGACUUCACACCGGACAUGCUGCCUCGACACAAGUGCCUUCAGCUCGUUGCCAAUUCCGUACAGCCCUUGACGGUGUACAGUGCCCGCCGGUUACUAACUUACGAGAAGAUUUCCGACCGCGAAGAGGACAUGGAUUCCUACGAGCUGUCCCAGUUGAUGAUCGAUAACUUCCGACAACGUUACAUGAAAACGGUACUGCAGAACAGUGGAACCCGAAAGGAACGACGGUUAGCUCUGCGAAAUGUUGGCCGUGAAGAAGCCAUGAAACGGGGAAAGAAAUUGGAUGUUACCGAUGGCAAAUGGAAGUAUCCGAAGGCUCAAGAAAGUGGUGAUACAACUGCGGAUAAAUGAAGAUGAUCGAAAUUCGAUUGACCACUGAA